AUCUUUUUUUGCUUCAUGGGAGUUCUCGGGUUACUUCUGUCUUUGUGCUUGCUGGGAAGGUUAAGGACUUCUACGGACCCAUGUGGCAAGCUGCGGGAGUGCAGGAGAAAUGCCAUCUGUGGUGCACUGGACUUAAGUGGUUGUAAGCUUGGCACUGUAAAUAAUAAGCUGUUUAAAGGGCUCAAGUUCCUGAUGGUUAUAAACUUAAGCCACUGCAGGAUAAGUACAGUGGAGGAAAAAACGUUUAGUGGGCUUCCAAAUUUAUUAGUCGUGAAUCUUUCGUAUAAUGAGUUGAAAAGCAUUCCCGUAAAUACCUUUAGUGGUCUUUCCGAAAUGGAGAUUUUGGACUUUGGGCAUAACCAGAUAAACUAUAUUGCCCCGGGGACCUUUAGCAAGCUUACCUUGAGAAGAUUAAUCUUGAACUUCAACAAUAUAAGUUUUCUUCUGCCUGGCGCCCUUGCCACUGUCUCCUUGGAAAGCUUAGAACUACAGAGGAACCCUUUACCUUUUAUUACGGAAGACGUCAUUAAGCCAUUUCCUGAAAAAAUUAUGCUAGGAGUUAGCCUCCGUUGCUGCGUGUUUGACUAUUUCCAAGUCAAAUUCAAUAUAGCUGUACACCCCAUUAUUCGGUGCACUUCCAGAGGAAAAGUUAUAAAAUUUAUAGAUUUGGAUAUGAAAGAAUGUGAAGAGUAUGCAGUCAAAAAGAACUUGUUUCAAGAAGUUAACGCUGACGGCCUUGAGGAGCAGGAACCCAAGAAUAUUUUAGAAAGCCAUAAAAAUGAGCAGCAUGAACCUAUAACUGAGGAAGAGCAUGAUGAAUGCGAAGAUGAUAUGGAACUGUCCCAUGAUGGUCCCGAGGAUCUAUAUGUAUAGCAUGCGGGAUUUGAGAGAUAUUGGCAUGGCCAUGCCCACUGGUCGUAUGCCACUAGCUCUUCCAUAACAACGCUGGUAGUACUAUUGAUCCUCUGAACCACCCAGCUUGGACGUAGUAUUAAAGAUUACUUCAAUUUUU